GAGAGAGAGAGAGAGAGAGAGAGAGAGAGAUCUAUGACCUCGUAUUUAGGGAAACUCAAACCUCCAUAACACAAAGUUGCUCCUCAUCUUUUACCAAACAUCUCUCUCUCUCUUGCCAUUCUUCUCUCUUGCAUUGCUCUUUGUGCUCAUGGAAGUUAACAACACACAGCCACCUGCAAGGCCACUUGAUACUGCAAAUAACUACACCCAAGGACACCACCACACACAUUCUCCAACAAAUAGCCAACACCAUGGCAUUUUCCCCUCCAUUUCCACCCUUAUAAUCAUCAUCGCCAUCACUUCUGUUGUCCUCCUUUUUGUUAUAUUUCUAAUCAUUAUAAUGCUCCGACGACUCAAAUCUACUAAGAACAAUAGCACUGCCAAGGAACACAAUAGCAUCAACAACACAAGUAGCAGGUUCAUAGCUCAUACCACCGUGAACUUCAAUUCUAGCCCAGAUGUGAAGGGUGGGUGUCUUUAUGGAGGGCAUAUGGUCAGGACACCCCCACCUAGAUUCAGAGGAGUCCAGGUGUUUACAUACAAGGAGCUUGAAGUGGCCACAGAUAAAUUUAGUGAACCAAAUAUAAUAGGAAAUGGAGGGUAUGGAGUGGUGUACAGAGGAGUCCUAAGGGAUGGAACCGUGGCUGCAAUGAAGAUGUUGCAUAGGGAAGGAAAGCAGGGGGAGCGUGCCUUUAGGAUUGAGGUGGAUCUACUAAGCCGCUUACGUUGUCCUUAUCUGGUGGAAUUACUUGGCUAUUGUGCUGACCAACACCAUAGGCUUCUAAUUUUUGAGUUUAUGCCCAAUGGAACUCUCCAACACCACCUCCACCCCUCUAACAAUCAACUUAAACCGUUGGAUUGGGCUACUCGGUUGAGGAUAGCACUUGAUUGUGCUAGGGCCCUUGAGUUUCUCCACGAGCAUUCAAUCUCAACCCCAGUUAUCCACCGUGACUUCAAGUGCACCAACAUUCUACUAGAUCAGAAUUUCCGUGCCAAGGUGUCGGAUUUUGGAUUGGCCAAGAUGGGCUCAGACAAAAUCAAUGGUCAGAUCUUGACACGUGUGCUCGGGACCACUGGAUAUCUGGCACCAGAGUAUGCUUCCACGGGUAAGCUUACAACAAAAUCUGAUGUAUAUAGCUAUGGUGUGGUACUUCUAGAGCUGUUAACAGGUCGUGUACCAGUUGAUACGAAGCGGCCCCCUGGAGAACACGUUCUUGUUUCAUGGGCUCUUCCAAGGCUAUCGAACAGAGAAAAAGUAGCAGAAAUGGUUGAUCCAGCUCUACGAGGCCAGUAUUCCAAGAAGGAUCUAAUUCAGAUAGCCGCUAUUGCAGCCAUGUGUGUGCAACCAGAAGCAGAUUAUCGGCCUCUAAUGACUGAUGUUGUACAGUCACUCAUCCCUCUGGUGAAAAACCUUCAUUCUAGUAGUUCUCCCAGCUCCUCGAGAUUUCUAAAUCGAACAAGUCCCAGGUCCUCGUGACUAUGUGAAGACAGUAAAAUUUAGCUUUCCAGUUAACUUUAGGCUGGUUCAUGCAGAAUUCACUGACAACCAUCAGAACGUUUCUCUGUGAAACAUAAAACAUUUCUCUUUUUAAAGAUUAGCUGAGUUGAAAAGCGACAUUCUUCUGUCUACCUAAUCAAAGAAGGCUCAUGGGAUUUCAACCAACGCCAUGGCUGGCUAGUCUAACUCUUCAAGAUUUAGAUGAAACUUUUUCUUUCAGAUCGCCAGAAUAUUGAAAAAGUGUUGUAGAGAAUUAAUGCAGACGCUGACUUUUGACGAGAACCAAAAGUCCUUAUGAUUUCCAGAAUUAAACGACGGUACAAAGUGUCAAAUUCUAGCAAUUUGAAGGUACAAUUUAUGAGUUUUGAUCAUUUUAGUGUAAAGUGUAAAACUUAUAAUAAUUUGAGGGUACAACAGUACCUUUCUGACUUGUAAAAACUCAUUUCAUUCAUAUGGUGAAACUGGGGAGGUACCUUUACGCAA